AUGUCGUCACGAGCGGACCACCCUCCCGGGCGGGAUUCAGGGUCUCCGGCGGGUGAACAUCAUAGCACAUCCAAAGACAGACGACCACAGUAUCAAGGAUCCAAUGGUGACUCGCUUGGGCGACGGUCUAUCCCACCGAGCGACGGCCGAGCGAGUGGUGAGCUAGAGGGAAGUACACUAGGCAGUAGCUCUCGUGAUGGGGAUCGAAGAGCCGCAAACCAACGCAGAUCGCAGAGCUCGGGUGGCUUCUUGCUGGAUUCCUUGCCUCGAUCUAACAGCGUCAGGAUUAGUUCACACCGUUCGCGCCCAUCGGAUGUUCCCAUGGAGAGACGAAAUACUCCCGAUCCUGGUAUCGUGGUACCUAAAAAGCGAUCGCGAUUUCCGUGGAAUCGCCAUAAGAACUCAGCCUCCGAGUCAGCUGCCGCUGCUACAACAACGACGCCAGCAGCCAUCCAACAGACUUCGACGCCGCCCCCAGAUGACCAGCGAUCUCAAAUAUCUUCAACGGCCGAGCCAUCAGCGCAGGAUGUGCAGCAGACUACAUCUGGGCUGGAUAGAGACUCCUUGCAGAUUGUGAACUUGGCGUUGAACCUGAAUGAGUCUCGAAGAAGAAACGCUUCUGGUUUACCCUUGGGCUCUAAUGGACGCAGACCGUUGUCUGUCUCUCAGCCCAUCGCACCGCCUGUGGACUCACGUGGUCCAUCAUCAAGGGUAAACCGUAUUUCGUACGACUACUCACAUCGCAAUUAUACUCAGUUUCCAGAGGAAGUGCCUCGGGCGGUACAGCAAACUGGUCAGUCCCCAGUGGUGGAGUUUCUACCGGCUGCUGUGGUGAAUGACAACCGGGCCUAUGAAUUCUCCGAUAGCACUCUUGCUCGCGCGGAAAGAGCUCGUCGCCAUUUCGAUCUUUUUCACGAAUAUUUACGACUGCUGCCUUUGCUACCUCCCCUUCGGAAUGGCCCGACUGUGGGUGAUGCCGAUUCGACAUCCUUCACGGGCCAUAGCUCGGCAGCCAACCGCGGCUAUAAUCCCUUACAAAUGAUUCGAAACAGAAGAAUCAGAUAUCGAGAAAAAUGUCCAAUUCAUGCAGAGGCAGAAGGUUGGCUUGACACCGGGAAAGUGCAUGAUUGGAUCAGCACGAUCGAGGAACAAUACACUUGUCAGAACUACGAUGAAACCCAAUCUGUUAAGCUUCCUUCUUUCAAGCAAGGCCAAGGGCAUAUGUCUCAAGGGGACCCAGAAGACCUGGAGUUGCUGGCUGGCUCACCCCCAUCAAGCUUGAGGCGGGUUAGUCGUACAAACAGUGUGAAGGCACCUCGAUUACGCCUUGACUGGAAGAUUUCACCUGCCGAACUUAUAGCAGAUGUUGCUUGGCUUGAGGAUUUAUCUAAUAAAGCCAAAAUUGUCGACAAGGAUGGUAACAAGAUCUAUCCAGAUCCCGGGGAGCUCUCUUUGAUUGACCCCGAGGCUGAAAAUGCCUCCGCACAGAAAGAACACAUGUCGGUCGAUAUGGAUAAUUCUGCAGACGGCGGACCCUCUUCUCGGCAUACAUCCAUGUCAAGUUCCCACCCUGCCCGUGCCCCCGAAUUCAAGAGUCUGAGUCGGGGUCGCCAUAGACACAGAUUUCAAAGCCACACCCAAGGCUUGCGAAGCCGUAGUGCUUCUAGCUCGCGGAAGCGCUCGCGCUGGGACAAGAUGAAGAUGCGUUCAGGAAGCAUUUCCAGUGAGUCCAGUGCAGACGGCCGCCAGUCAGUGGAUCAAAAACGUCCGACUUUGGAGCAUUCGCGCAAGGAUUUGGAAAAACUGCCGAAUAGGAAUUUAGCAGAGUCAUCCGAAUCUCGGAUAUCGCGCAAAAAGUCCUCAGCAGCCGGGGUGGUGCACACAGACCGCAAUCCGGCUCAGGCCCCAUCGAGUAAUACAAAAUCGAAGUAUGCGGCAAGAAAGGCAUCAUUUUCAUCGGCUGGGAGCAUAGAAGAUCGGUUGAACAGAAGAAUGUCUUUAGAGGGAAUAGACAGCUCAGUCCCCAAUUCUCCUGCCCAGCUUAGCUACUUUCCCAGCAUCGCUGUGAAUUUGUCUCCGCCUUCAAGUCGGUCUCCCUCGCCUGCUAAGAAAGGUCUGCGACACAAGAUCGUGUCGCGCCAUGAAAGAAGCAAGAGCAAACAAGGAGAUCGAGAGCUUCGAGGACACGAUGAUGAGGACUCUCGUGUAAAUUCUAAUUCCCUGCCACCUCCACCUGAGCAAGCCGAAGGUGCCUCAAAGCUUGAGCCAAGCCCUAUUCCAGACGUUGUGUCUUCCUCUUAUACCGACGACGGUAUGACUGAGAGCCAGAGGGUCGACACUUUCAGAGGACGAAAGGGACAAUAUCCUGAGUCAAAGCUGCGUGGAAUUCUUAAGGGUCCUGGUCGGAUCGCAGAGAGAGUUGGAAAUGAAGUUUCCAAGGUCGGUGAUCUUAUUUUAAAGAAAGAUUUGCCUCCUGAUUCCCGGAAAUCCUCGUCUGCAACAACACUUGCGUCGGACUCUAGCGACUCAGAAGAGGAGGAAAAAAGAUCGGAUAAGCGCAAAGGCCUUCUACGGCGGAUUCCAACUCUCGCGGACGAGCCUGGGCGCCUUACUCGUCGGGAUUCAGAUAAGGGAACUCCUUCAAGGAGCUUCAUGCCAACAUUACCCAGUUUUACAUCUCCGUUACGACAAGAUGAAAGAAGCGCAUCGCAUGAGGCAGUGGACUUUGGUAGUCCGCGUGAACGUGGGCCUGCAUCACGGGAUGGCUCUAAAAGAAUGCAUUUAUCCCGAAGCAAAACGCUUGACUUCGGCCCUGCCUUGAGCGCAAACCGUGGUCACAGAAAGCCACACGAAAUCAAGGAUCCAUCAGUUCCCUUUAGUCUUACUCGUCCCCCUGUCACUGGCCUUGCCCAAGCUUCUCCUGGAUCUCCGACAAAGAGCAGGCAGCCUCUUUCGGGCUCCACCCGCGCCUGGAGUAUUUCGGGCCGUAGUCUCCAAACCUUGAACGAUUCCGGUAUUCCCGGCAAGACGGAAGUUGAACGAACUCGAACGCUUCUCCUAUCUUCCGGUAUCAAAGCCCGGGAGAUCGUACGGCGAGCACAUACUGUUCGCGACCCACCUCCUCACUGGCUUCAAAGCUCAAUGGGCUCCACUGCAUCCAUUCCGCGAGUAACCAGGAUUGGUGAAUUUGACCUUGCUGCCCAGAAUUUCCUGCGUCGGUUUGAGAUGACUCAAUACUCAUUCCAACAAUCAAUGCAUCACUUCACCACCACUACCUCCUCCCCUCUGCAUUCACAGUUGAAGGACCUGGAAACCCUUAUCAAUCAAUCCCUCACGCCUCGUGUGCGAGCCACAGCUGAUGAUGCCGAGAGCCUGUGUGUUCAACUAAACACGACCAGCACGCUGGCAGUGAAAUCACUCAGCGACGCUCUCGAUAGAGGUGUUAGAAAACGUCGCCGCCGACUGCGCUGGGUGCGACGUGCUGGUUUCGUUGUCCUAGAAUGGGCUCUCGUCGGUAUGCUGUGGUGGGUCUGGCUCAUCGUAAUGGGCUUUAAGCUCGUGCGCGGCGUCUUUCGAGGAGCCAUUUCUGGUGCACGAUGGGUCCUUUGGCUCUGA